AUGGUCUUCUUACAUAUGAUUCGUAUAUUUUUUCCAUUAUUUUCGUUAAUUUUAAUUUUAUCUAUAAAUAAUGUUUUUUCUGAAUCAUGUUUAUUAUCCAAUGUUUCUUAUCGACUUUGUUCAAUUUCUGGUUCGACUCCAAUAGUUCAAUCGCAGUUAUUUACGAAAGAUGAUUUUGAUAAUGGGUGCAAUGAAAAGUUUGUUGAAAAAAUUCUUGAUCGAUCUUGUCUCAGUUCGUGGGUCUUGUCUAUGAAAAGAAAGCCAACAACAAAUUUUGAAAAAUAUGGUUAUGGAUUUUUCGCUAUAUUUAUUGUAUCGGCAUUGUCACUUGCUGGUUUAUUAGCGUUUCCUAUUCUCUAUAAAGUAUCUUUUCAAUAUGUACUUACUUUAUUUACGGCUCUUGCUGUCGGAACACUUUUUGGCGAUACAAUGUUUCAUUUAAUUCCUUUUGCACUUGGUCUUCACGGUAAACAUGACCGUGGUGAACAUGAACAUGGCUCAUUUUCUGUGCCUGAUUAUGUAUGGAAAAUGUUAAUUAGCGUAUUAAUUGUUUAUAGUUUUUAUCUAUUGGAAGUACUUCUGCAUUCAUUUGCUCAUUAUAAACAUAAAAAUUCUAAUUCAGUUCAUUUUCAUGCUCAUGGUCAUAGUCAUGCAUUGCCUCAUCAUAAUCAUUCGCAUCCCGAUGGAGAAAUUUGUGAACAUACACCUAUCGAUAUUGAUGCUGAUUUAGAACAUGAUCAUCGUUUACAUAAUCAUAGACAUCAUAACUUACAUCAGCAUGUAACCAACGAAAUAAGUACAGCAUCAUCGUUAUCAGCUGUAAAUCACAAUUGUCAUAUGAGUGCACAUAAAAAUUCAACAUGUGUUCCAUGUGCAUAUUCAAAUGAUACUCGACCAACAGCUGGAUUGAUGGGACAUGAUACGAAAGACGAUACAGCUGUUGAUAAUGAACACGUACCAGUACCUGUUGUUAUUACUGAUCCACAAGGAAGAAAUGAUACAAAAACGAAACCUGCAUUGACAUCUGGCAUGGAGAACGCAAUCAAAUCGACAGGUUGGAUGGUGUUAAUUGGUGAUGGUAUUCAUAAUUUUGCUGAUGGUCUUGCCAUUGGUGCUGCAUUUAGUCAAGACCUUGUCUUAGGCAUUACAACGACAUUAGCCGUUGCUUUUCAUGAAUUACCACAUGAACUCGGAGACUAUGCUGUAUUGAUACAAUCUGGUUUUUCACAUUAUCGAGCUAUUCUAUGGAAUUUUCUUUCGGCUACAACUGCUAUAAUAGGGUUUUUUAUUGGUGCUGCGGUAUCAAGUAAUGAUAACAUUCGUCAAUGGAUAUUUGCAGUUACCAUUGGCAUGUUUCUUUAUAUAGCACUUGUUGAUUUGUUACCAACUUUAUUGGCUGAUGGACAAGUUGAAUUUAAACGCUUUAUUGUUGUUAAUAUUGGAUUUUUACUCGGCAUUGCAAUUAUGUUUUUCUUAGCAUUAUUUGAAGAUAGUUUAAUUCAUUCAUCAUGA